UUCCAUAAACUCAUCUUGUUUAAAUUGACUUGUAGUCACAUCACCCCAAAGGUUUGCGAGUGUCGUCGAGCCUGCAGAUAUAUCUCUCCAUCGUUUUACAGUAUCGUAUGGCAUCCAGGAUGUUUUUCAAACAACAGAGUGUCUCCGGUAACCUGGAUCAUGCUGUUUCUGCCUAGUAUUUCUCAUUCCCCACUGAGUCCACGCCUGUCCGAAGUCCGUAAAGAUGCAAUCCUGGAUUUGUUCCGCCAGGGAUGCUGAAUUGACUCAUGGCUCAUCCAUAGGCCGACUGCGCCCCUUGAGUCUUAUUUAUACUUGGAAGCACCUCGGCGGUCUCUGCAUCUUCCCGAGACACCUAGAAGAAACAACCGGGAUGACGUCUAGCUGAAGCUGCCAAUUGCAACCCCAUCAUAUUGGCGAUGUUCAUUUUGACAUGAGGAUCUGGGGGAUGUGAAUGCAUGCUUACAGCGGGAACAUAGACCUUAAAACAUAGGAAGCACAGCAGCACUGGCGAAGAAGCGGCAGCCUGAUACUUUCAUGUACAUCUGUUUACUCAAACAAAACAUGUAGCAUAAUUCAAAGCUCUCAGACAAGACAGCAUAGGUUGAGGGUGGAAGACAAGCGCAUGAGGUACGAACCCAGUCAUUGGCUCAAUGGAGGACCACUGCAUUUUGGGCCUCAAUAAUGACGCGCCCCACCGGGGGGCCGCUCAGUGAAAAUCUGCAAGCCGCUCACUCACUCACUCACCGUCUUUGACAUCCCAUCCUCAUCGCACUCCGUCCUCGCCUCGCCAGAACAAACUUUGUACACGCCCGGUGAAGAAUUCCUGAUCCAAAAUUAUUGUAAAAUGUCAGCCUACAAUCGAGAUGUCGUCGUCAACUGCCUCAAGAGGCAUUACGAGCUGCUGGUGCGCAUGGGCUACAUGGACAUCUCGGCCGUCGAGCUGCCCCCCGCCGCCGGCUGGGCCGACUCGGAGCUCCGCGUCGACGCGCUCCGGGCCAUGGGCCGCUCCGAGGCCGUGAUCGACCUGCUGCGGCACAUCCCCUACGUCCGCGAGAACGAGGACGCGGACCCCGUCGAGGUCUACACCGAGACGUUCCCUCUCCGGUACCUGCGCGGCGGGCGGUGGUUCGGCGGCAACCCGGGGGAGGAUCUCGGCACGACGCCGCUCCUGGAUCUCGGGUUCGCGCCGUUUGACGGGCCCGUGCCGGCGGACAUGGUGUCGUUGACGCACGCAGACGAAGGCACUUGGUGGUUGAUUGACACCAAGGAAGGAUGCAUUUAUCCUUACGGCACCGAGUUCGACAAGAGCGAAGACCAGGUCCCCGAGGACCGGCAGUGGCUCGCCGUCGACCCGAUGCCCAUUCAGGCCUACUUUGACAAGAUCUACGCCCAGGUCGGCAACUUGGAGGUGGUCCCGGCGCCCCGCUCCGGCAAGUGGGAGGCCAGAGUCGUGGAGGAGUACACCGAGGAGGGCCAGGAGGUCAAAAGGCUGUACGCAGAGUACGGGUGGCCGGAUGCGUUCCUCAGGGAGGAGUUCGUCCAGGCCGUCGAGAGGACGCGUGCGGCGGCCAUCGAGGCGGCGCUCGGGAAUGACGAUGAUGACGAGGACGAUGAGAUGACUGGCUAGAUAGACGAGAGAAAACAAAACACCUUGAGCCCCAUUCAUGACGGAGAAGCCCGCUGGCAUCAAUUGGCCAAUGGGGGAGGGCCCCCAGUUGCUUUACUCCGAGACCGGCAUUACGCUUAACCGUUGUCAAAACAUUAAAGCCUGCGCCCACGGACUCCUCCCCCCCCUACUCAUCCCCUUCCCCUAUGGUCUAUCUAUCCG